CUCCCAGACGACGUACAGUUAUCCAGUCAUUGUAUUGUGAUACUCUCUCGUCACCAGUAACCAGUCGCUACGAUGGCCAAACCCAUUUUUUACACCCUUCAUUUGAGCCCUCCCUGCCGUGCGGUACAAUUGACCGCAAAGGCACUGGGCGUAGAAUUGGACCACCAGGUGGUAAAUCUUCUAACCGGGGAUCAUCUCAAGCCGGAUUUUCUCAAGAUAAAUCCGCAGCACACGAUACCAGUGCUGGAUGAUAACGGAGUAAUCGUUCCGGAAAGUCAUGCCAUCGUGAUCUAUCUUGUGUCCAAAUACGGGGAAGAUGAUUCGCUCUAUCCGAAAGAUUUGGCUCAGCAGGCAAAGGUGAAUGCUGCUCUACACUUCGAGUCUGGGGUGUUAUUCGCUCGCACACGUUUCUUGUUUGAAGCAAUUUUUACGGGAUGCGGUGAGAUCCACCCUGAAAAGGCCGAAUACAUUAAAAAAGCAUACCAACUGCUAGAGGAUACGCUCGUGGACGAUUAUGUGGCUGGUACAACACUUACGAUUGCCGAUCUUAGUUGCAUCUCAACGAUCGCCUCCGUCAUGGGAGUUGUUCCGAUGGAACGAUCCCAGUAUCCGAAAAUCUACGCUUGGAUUGAUCGUUUGAAGGAACUACCCUAUUAUGAAGAAGCAAACGGGGCCAGUGCAGCCGAGCAUUCGCAAUUGAUAUUGAACAUUAUGAAGCGAAAUGCCGCAAAUCCAUGCAGUCGCACUAACGACCAGUUCGUCUCUAGCAGUGGACAAGUGAACAAUUCCUCUAAUUACGCUGCUAAAAAAGCUAAGAUGGGGAAAGUAGUACUCUACACCGCUAAAUUAAGCCCUCCGGGUCGUUCCGUCGAGCUAACCGCUAAGGCACUUGGCCUGGAGUUGGAAAUCAAACCAAUAAACUUGAUCGCUGGUGAUCACCUAAAGCCAGAAUUCGUUAAGAUGAACCCGCAACACACGAUUCCCCUCAUCAUCGACGACGAUGGCACGACCGUAUAUGAUAGUCACGCAAUUAUCAUCUACUUGACAACUAAGUACGGAAAGGAUGACAGCCUGUAUCCAAGUGACAUUGUGACCCGAGCCAAAAUCAACUCGGCACUACAUUUCGAUUCCGGAGUACUUUUCGCUAGACUUCGCUUCUAUCUGGAACCAAUCUUGUACUACGGAUCCGCCGAAACUCCCCAGGACAAAAUUGACUAUCUGUACAAGGCGUAUGGACUGUUGAACGACACACUCGUCGAUGAUUACAUUGUUGGGAAUAAACUCACCCUGGCGGAUUUGAGCUGCGUAGCCAGCAUUGCUUCGUUUCAUGCCAUUUUCCCGAUUGACAAAAGCAAGUACCCGAAACUAGCGGCUUGGGUCGAGCGUCUCUCGAAGUUACCGUACUACAAGAAGACCAACCAAGAGGGUGCCGAGGAAUUGGCUGCCCUAUAUCGCGUUAAACUCGAAGAAAAUCGUCAAAAGGCAUAGGAAUGAAUUCGAACUGUGGAAUAAUUUGAUCAACAAAAGUUUUCGUAGUCUAAAUUUGUCAGUGUUUAGUAAAGAUUUAUUUGAGAGCAAAAUGUUGAUUAGCUAAAUCUGAUAAAUUUGAAUUAAAUCAACAACAUUCGCA